AACAACGCCGCCUCAGGGAGCGGCUGCCUCAGUGUGUGCGCCGCCGCCUCUGUGCCGCCGCAGCCGUGGCCCUCGUGAGCCCCUCAGUGGCUUGCCCUUCUUCUCGGCUCCCUCAGGCUAUCCUAAGGCAUAGCCGGCCAGGCAUCACCCGGCGGAGCAGCUCCCCCAGUCGGUCGCCCAAAGUGGGGUCAGCCCGGCCCCACCCCGUUGGCCAGUGACAUCAUCUGCGAGUCUUUGAAGGGCCCUACAGCCUGCAAACCAGCAUGAACAGGCCAUCUGGGAGCUCCCCUCCACAUUACACUGCCAUGUGUUUCACUGAUUUCAGUUGUAACAAGCUGUAAUAGUGGAGACGAGGAAGGAAAGCAAGGAGAGCACGGGGAUUGGCGUGCUCCAGACCAGAAGCCGUUUGAAUAAGGAAUGUAAAUAUUGGAGUUUAUUUUAGAGAUUGGUGGAAAAUAGAGAUGAAACCAGAAUCUGCUUUGAUUGCUCUAUUACUAAGCUUCGUCUGAGUGGAUGCUAUUUUCUUAGGGAAAAGCUAUUGAAAUCUGAAAGGAGAGCCUUGCUUAUGAAGAGAUGAUGUGUAAUGGCCCAGGUAACUCAGAAGCUUCUGCCACUCCAGACACUAACGGUGACCAGGAAUGGGCACAGGAACACUACCGACUGAGAACUUUUGUGGGAUUUCCACUUGACUGUCUGGUUUCAAUAUCAGCACUAGCACAAGCUGGCUUUGUGUAUACUGGAGAACGUGACAAAGUGAAGUGCUUCAGUUGCUUUGUAACUAUUGAAGGAUGGGCACCUGGGGAUUCUGCAUUUGAGAGACACAAAAACCUUUCCCCAAAUUGCAAAUUUAUUACUGAAUCUACUUCUCUAGAAAAUAACAUGCAACCUCUCACCCAGAACUACCAGCAUAGAGCUGAGAAUGGUUCCAGCAGUUCAGCCCUCCCGCAUACUCUGGAUGACCUGUCUGAUGUGGAGGCAGAUUACCUUUUAAGAACUAGGCAGGUUGUGGAUAUGUCAGAUAGUUUGUAUCCUAAACACCCUGCUAUGUGCAGUGAAGAGAGAAGGUUACAGUCUUUUCAGAACUGGCCCCUCAAUGACCAAUUGCCAGCAAAGGAAUUAGCUAAUGCUGGAUUCUAUUAUACUGGGAUCGGUGACCAAGUGGCAUGUUUUUGUUGUGGUGGAAAAUUGAGUAAGUGGGAACCCAGUGACAGAGCUUGGUCAGAACACAAGAGACAUUUUCCCAAAUGCUUUUUUGUCCUGGGACGGGAUGUUGGAAAUCUUCCAAUUGAAACUAUUCCUGCUGAGCUUGGGAUAAGUGGUCUGAACAAUGCACAGCAUCCAAGGAAUCCAUCUAUGGCAAAACACACAAGACGUUUGCAAACAUUUUUAACUUGGAUAUAUCCUGUUGACAAGGAGCGACUUGCUGAAGCUGGGUUCUAUAGCAUAGGUAGUGGUGAUCAUGUUGUGUGUUUCCACUGUGGUGGAGGAUUGCAGGAAUGGAAGGAAAAUGAGGACCCAUGGGAUCAACAUGCCAAAUGGUUUCCUGGGUGCAGAUUUGUGAGAAAGGAAAAGGGAAUAGAAUUUAUAAAUAAUGUUCACUUAAGAGAUGGAUGUAGGAAUUCAACAAAAGAAGCUGCUGAAAGGACAAUACUUCCUCAAGGUGAUCUCUUGCAGAAUCCCUUGGUACAAAUUGCCAUAGACAUGGGUUUCAGUUUGUCUGAGAUUAGGAACACCAUGGAAAGGAGACUGCAGAUGUCUGGAGAAAGUCACACAUCUGUUGAGGAUCUGGUAGCAGACUUAAGUGCUCAGAAAGAAAAUACAAGGGAAGAAGAACCAAAUGAAAUCCCAGUUGAGCAAGAGGAGCUUAGUCAAUUACAGAACCUCUAUAUCAGUACUGAAGAGAAGUUGAGACGCUUGCAGGAAGAAAAGCUUUGUAAAAUCUGUAUGGCUAAAGACGUAUCAGUCGUCCUCAUUCCCUGUGGUCACCUCAUUGCCUGUAAGGAAUGUGCUCAAGCACUUCAUGAAUGCCCUCUGUGUCGUACAAAUAUUAUGAAGAGACAGGAGAUUUUUAUGUAUUAGUGAAAUACAGAGGACUGUGGAUGCAAAUGUUUCCUUUAUUGCAUUAAAUGUGUAAUGUACUGUAAAAAGACCGCACUUAAUCCCAAGACAUGAUCAUAUGGCAGUAUUUACAUUUUUCUGUUGUGUGUAGAGUUUGGCAGUAUUCGAAGAGUUAUAUUCCUUAAGUGAAUUUUUUGUAACAACGAAUACUGAAGGCAAAUGUAUAUGUUCUGUAAAUUCAAUUCCAUAGACCUGACUGGGGAAAGCCAAAGGGCUGCAAAGCUUUAUUUAUUUGAUCAUUCCUUUGCUUCACUUGUGCAGGAAUCUCUCUGACUGCACAUACAGUUGUAUGGAGUUCUGCCCUAUGUAAAAUUUGUAGAUAAGUUAAUUUAAAAGAUUGACACACAUGUACAUUCUGAGAUUUUAGGUUCUCAAAAAUGCUUUUUAAGAUGGAAAAUAUGACCUUAUGUCUGAAACUUUAGUUGUGACAUAAUUCAGAGAAUGUCGCAACAUUUCACUCUGGUGCUAUUGCUUUGUGAGUUUGUUGGUUUUAUAUACGAUUCUCGUCUCCCUAUUUUUUUCAAUUGUCUUCAGUAAACUGGUUUCAGCCAUCUGCUUUUCACAAAACUCCCUCUGUAUUCUACCUAAAUUCUUUAAGAGCAAACUCCACAGAAAUUAGGGAGAUUUUAUGUACUGUGUACCCUUCAUGAAAGGUGCAGUCUCAUUUUAAACUUGGCCCCCUACACCAAAAGGUGUUUAUUGUCUCUUUUUUUUUCUUGUGAGGUUUUUUCUCCAUUUAUUGUAAUACUAACUCCUUUCUCUGCUAGUACUUUGCAGUGCUUCUGUUAGUCUGUUUUUUCAUAAGAGAAGAUUAAACUCUUACCUCCAUGAGACUGCUUUCUUUUUAAGAUUUUGAUUAAUUCACAAGCAAUGUUAGAAAUCUUUUAUUUUUGUUCUUGUCAUUUUACAGCAUUGAAAUUAAAAAGUGAAGAAGUAUUCUAGAGUGACCUUAAAAUACUUAAUGAACUAUUUCUUACUGGAAUGAUCUUCAAUUCUCCGAUUAAAUAAGUGUCAUAGCUUUGUAUUUAAGUACAGAUGGUUUAUGAUGACUCUGCUUAAUUAUGUGACUUAGUUGUUUUGUGGAGCUACUCAUAUGUCCUGCGUGUACAUUUUUAUCUGAGUCCUACACACUAAGAGAAAUUGAAUAUAAAGAAUAUAGUUUUUCACAUGAUAAAAGUUCUAAAUCCAAUACACAGAAAUAGAAUGUGUAUUUUUUCUAUAUUUUUAAAUAAGCACUGCGAGCAGAUAGUGGUGUAACGUUGUGAAUGUUUAACAUGAAGUGCAACCCAGUUGGCCCUUGAUCAGCAUAUUUGAUUUUCACAUGAUUAAAAAAAAAUUGUAACAGAAGGUUGCAUUCUGUUGCUGCUUUGUUUUGUAACUCAACUGUUACUAAUUUAACCUGAGUGUUAUUAAGGAUAACAAAUAUAUUUUAAUUGGAAAAGAAGUAAAAUCUUUUGUUUGUAUCCAUUUGUUCAUAAUCAAAUAGAAAGACAUUAAUUUUGCUUUUUUGGUAAUAAAUUGGAAUUUAGUUCUUGCGAGUUUACCAUGACUAGAAAUUCAUAAAUAAUUUGGCACAGAAAGGUUUCAUUUUGCCUUUUUGUGUCUUUGUGAGGAGUUUAGUGUUGCAGAUAAUUGAUGCAUACAGGGAAUUUUCAGGACAGAUCUGGACUGGCCAUUCUGACAGCACAUCGAGGUCCCAUUUGCACUUGCAGGAAGGGUGUCUGUGCUUUUCAAGGGAAACUAAGGGUGGGUUGUGUUUGCCUGUGAGCUGCUGUGUCUUGCCUGAAGUAGCUUGUUUAGUUAAUAUUGAAAACUAUGUUAUGCUGACUUACUUAAGCAGAUGGUUUGUUACCUAACCUUAACCUAAGUCAUUUGAGAGAGUGUAUCCGGGUGAACUGGAUCUAUCUUAGAGACUGCAGAAAUUGACAUGCAGCUGGCCAAAGCCCUGUCUGGGAAAGAGUUUGAUCAAAUUUUACUUAAAAGACUUUUAAGCAAAACAAAACAACUGCUCUGUAGGUCUAGUUUUUUCAAAAAACUAUAAUCAGAGUUCUAUUCAGGCUGUAUGUGAGAAAAUAAUUAGCACAGUCAUGAAAUUUUGACAGCUUGAAUUAGGAAGAUGUCUUCUCAAAUUACUUUGAUUUUCAGUAUCUUAAAGAAGCGGAAGAAAUUCCAUGGACACUGGUACUGAGUGUUUAAAGAGAGAAAAGAGGAUGCAAAUCAGUGGAGCACAAAGUGAUCGCAGAGGAGGUUAGUAGCAGGACAAAGAUGCCUUUGCAGUUGAUUUUUAUGAAAGUUACCUGGAGUGAAGAGCUAUGGAGUAUAUUCAAAUAGCAAUAUUCAGCAGCUCCUAGUAGCUUCCAGGUAAAAUCUUAUUUCCAUUUUAGUUGCAACAGCAGAACUAUUUGCUGCUCCAGAUACGUGGGAGAUGUACAAGAGGAUUUAAUGUACUCUCGAACUGUUCUGUUGAGAAAACAUGGAAAUUGCUUGCCUAAUGUAGGAACAGAAAACCCAGAGAUCCAAUGUUUUGUUAUGUAUUUAGCUUUUUCUUACUGCCUUGAAACAUGAAGCUUGAGGCAUAACCCUGACAUACUUUGCUGGUUGCUGCAGCUUGUAUCUCUACAGGGACUUAGCUGUCCAUACUUUUUAUCUUUUGUUUUGGGGCUUGAUCCAAAGCUUACAGCAUAAUAAAAAUAUUUUCAUUUAUUAUAGAUUUGGGGGGUUUAAGUUGGAGUAUUUAAAUAUUUCUUUUAAUAUUGCCUGGUUGGUUCUGACAGCAAUGCGCCAGCAUUUGUUUUUGUUAGCUGUGUGUGCAGCCUGAAGCUACAGCGCAAAGAGUUUGUCUAAGUUUUCAAAGCAUUGUUGUUAACCUGAGACAUGGCUUUUUGAAGUUAGCUUUUAUGCUUCUUUUUACUGAACUUAACAAAAAAAUAAAUAAAAUGAGUAAGUAGAACCGAA